AUGUUGACAAUAAACUAUACCAUCCCCGACCCAGAACUCUCCGUCCUAGGCCGCUCCCAAUGCAACUCCCUCAAACAAAACCUCGUCCCCAAAAUCACCGGCCCCAACCCCGAGCUCGAAGUAGGCCUCAUCAUCGUCAGCCCCAUGCGCAGAACCAUCGAGACAGCCCUCCUAGCCUUUGGCGAUUUAGGCAUCCCCUUUGAAGCUCACGCCGGGUGGCAAGAAAACUCAACCCAACCCUGCGACACAGGCACCCCAAUCCCCUCUCUAAAGUCUGAAUUCCCUCAGGUAAACUUUGACCACGUCGACCCAGUCUAUCCCGACAAAACCUCCCCGUCUGGGAAAAAGUAUUUCAACACUAAACAAGCCAUCAUGGCCAGAGGGCAAGAGGUUCUCAGGGAUUUGAAACAACGAAAAGAAAAGGCGAUCAUCGUCGUGUCACAUUCGGGGUUUUUGCGAGCGGGGGUUACGGGGAGGUGGUACAUGAAUGCUGAUUACAGGGUGUUUGAUUUUGCGGAUGAGGACGAGGGAAAUGUAAAGAUCCAGGAGAGGGAGUGGACUGCCAAGGAGGGGGGGUUGGGGUGGAGUUUUGAGGAGAGGGUCGAGUUGGGGGAUGGGUUGGUGGAUGAGAUUGAGGAGCCGGUUUUGGAUUAG